AUGGCAGUUGGCAAGACACAGCCUGCAGAAGAACGCGUCUUCGAGCCGCAAAUCACAUACCUACCCGACGGGGAGACCUCGCAGCCUGUGGUUCUCGAACCCUAUCACGUCGAUCUGCUCCCCGAAUAUGGCUAUGUUAGUCGUGAGUAUCUCAUGAGUGGCGUGGCUGCUGGUGAGCCUUAUUGCACUCGUCUCCUCCUGCGAUGCCCAGCAGACUCAGCCCAAUUCAGUGGUUUAGUUGUGGAAGAGCCAUCGCAUCUAUGGGGAGGGACAAGCAUUUGGCGUCAUAUAAACCGUUGGUUGAUGAGAAAAGGGCAUGCUUGGCUCGAGAUUGAUUCACAGUCUCCUUCAGCAAUUGGCAAGAUUAAGAACCUCGAUCCCGAACGAUACAAAAACAUGAAUUUUAUUCCAGGCCCCCUGGCGGAUGAGUUUAUGGAUACUAUACCAUUCAUGACAGCUGUUACACGAGAGAUGCUGGAGCAAUCAUACGUUGAUUUCAAGAAGAAGUGGUGGCCUGCAACGACCCAAUCUCCAGAGAUUAUCACAGCGGCUUCCUACGCCCUUCGUUCUGGGGAGUUGGGCAUUGCAGCUACCAGAGUGAUUUUGACAGGUUUAUCCCAAACAGGAGGCGUUACCAGGCGGUUCAUCACACAUUCAUCCCAUCUCAGACUCCCUGACGGCGGUCUCCCAUUUGAAGCGUUUAUUCCCUGUCAGUCUGGCGGAGCAGCCUUACCAGAUGUUCCAGGAGCCAAGAUAAUUGAACUUCUAGGCGAGUCGGAAUUCCAGUCUGUUCGGCUGCCGUGUGGGGUCAGCGGCCAAAUACUUGGUGUAUCUCAUCGGCGAGCCGAUAGCGAUUCCUUUCGGCUCUAUGAAAUAGCAGGCAUGGCUCAUCGCGAAUCCCGAUACCCUUCAGACAUUGAUGUCAAGCGAUGGUCAGUCGCAGAUCUCAAUGGUGCAAAGUGGAGUACAUUUCCAAACUCUUUUAUCUACCACGCUGUGUUUGAUGCAAUGGAACGCUGGACGAGUAAUGAUGCUAUUGCUCCUCCUUGUAGCUCCAUUAUACAAACAAUUGGCUUGAGCGAUGAGAUUGUCCGGGAUGAACAUGGCAAUGCGGUGGGAGGGGUAAGGUCAUUAUAUACAGACGUGCCAUUGUCUCGUAUUGUUGCCGCUACCCCCAAGGGCCGACCAAACUGGUAUUGUGGCUCCGAAUGGGCAUUUGCACCUGAAAUGUUGCAAAAGCUGUAUGGCACGGUGGCCAACUAUCGCCGUCUUGCCGGUUUGGCUAUCAGCAAGCAAAUUAGAGCUGGCUUUUUACUUCCGGAGGAUGCUGAAGUGCUUCGACGCGAAACUAUAGAGAGCGUUGUCUUUUGA